AUGGCUACGCCGUCUUCACCAGCUCAGCUCGACGAGCUCGUCCGGACUCGUGUCGACAAGCCCAUUUCUCCAGAAGUCCUCUUCCCCAUUCUCUCUUCUGCUCCCUUCAUCCCCAGCAAGACGCUCAUCAACGCUCGUGAUAUCGGCGCUGUGCCCGGCAGCAAAAUUCCUUCUGGGCGCAUCUUCCGCUGCGGCACCCUGGAAUACGCCAGCCAUGAUCCCGACACCGUGGCCUGGAUCAAGGCCAACGUCCGCCGCAUCUACGACCUUCGCAAGCCACUCGAACGAGAACACGGCCCUGACCCCGAGAUUGAGGGAGUCGAGAAUGUCUGGUUCCCUGGGUCGCAAGAGUACAAGACGCCAAGCUUGGAGGAUUUUGCCAAGGGGGACGGCAGUGCCGCCUGGAAGGAUCAGUACAUGGCAGUUGCUCUCACCUAUGCGCCGACAUACAAGGCGGUCCUAGAACACAUCAGAGAUAGCCCCGCGGAGCCAUUCCUCUUUCACUGCACAGCCGGCCGUGACCGCACCGGAGUUCUCGCCGGUCUUCUCCACCACCUCGCCGGCACGGCCACUGACGAUGCGGUUCGUGACUACAUGCUUUCCCGAAUCGGUACCGAAGUCGCUCGCGAGAAGCUUCUAAGAUUCGCCAUGGACAGCGUUGGCACCAACGAUAUGGAGGUACCGGGAUUCUACAACCUCGUUGAGCUGCGACCGCAGUACUGGACUGCCUUUGUCGGGGGUCUCGAAGAGCAGUUUGGUGGCUGGGACGGCUACGUGACCAAGGUCCUGGGACUGUCAGAGGAAGAUCUUGUUACUGUGAAGAAGAACAUUCGUUCUUGA